AUGGAAAGAAGAGAUGAAGAUUGUAAAUAAAUAGGGCAAUUUAAUCAAAAUGAUGAUAAAUGUAUUUAUAUCUCGUUCACCAUAUCAUUUAAUAUAUUAUUUGGAAGUCUAUUCUAUUACUAUUCACUUAAUUCUAAUAAUGAUACUUGUUCAUGGUUGAAGUAAACUUCCAUAUAUUUCACAUUUUAUUGCACUUGCAGCAUUAUAUUAUCCAUUUUAACCUUUAUUGGAAAUAAGACAUAUAACUUUAUCACAACUAUGGAAGGUCUAAUCAGAUUGUUAUUUUUGGUAGCGUUUUUGGUAAAUUUAAUAUAACAUUUAGAUUGCCUAUAUCUAUAGNGCAUCCAUAAUUAUGGUUUGAAGGAAAACUUUAUAAAUUAUUAUAAGGAGGAGGUAAUAUUGAUAAUAUAUUUAAAAGAUGGCAUACCUUUAACAUAUUGGUUUGGUAGUGAAAAUGAAUAUAAUAUACUUGUGAUGGAAUUAUUAGGUGCUAAUUUGGAAGAAUUAUUUAAUUAAUGUAAGAGAAAAUUCUCUUUGAAAACAGUUUUAAUGAUUGGUUAACAAAUGAUAACUAGAAUUGAAUUUUUACACAAUAAAAAUUUUAUUCAUAGAGAUAUAAAGCCAGAUAAUUUUCUUAUAGGUAUAGAUAAGAAAUGCACAAUAAUUUAUAUGAUUGAUUUUGGAUUAUCAAAAAAAUAUCGAGAUUCAAGGACAAGUAUGUAAUUAAUAAAUAAUAUUAAAGAUCUACAUAUUCCUUACAGAGAUGGAAAAAGUUUAACAGGAACAGCUAGAUAUGCUAGUAUCAAUACUCAUUUAGGAGUUGAAUAAAGUAGAAGAGAUGAUUUAGAAGCAAUUGGUUACGUUUUAGUGUAUUUUUUGAAUGGUUAAUUACCAUGGUAAGGAUUGAAAACAGAUAAUAAAACAGAUAAAUAUGAAAAAAUAGCAUAAUGUAAAAUUGGAACAACAGUUGAAAAACUUUGUGAAGGUUUACCAGAAGAAUUUUCAAUUUAUUUAAAUUAUUGCUAGAGUUUAAAAUUUGAAGAAAGACCUGAUUAUGUUUGGUUAAGAAGACUUUUUAAAGAUCUCUUUGUAAAGAUGAAAUAUGUAAAUGAUAAUCUUUUUGAUUGGAGUACUCCUUUUGUAUGA